AUGGAUUCCGACCGGUCAUCUCGUGGCAUAUAUGGAUUAGCUUCUGCUAACUCUGCUCUCGAUGGCAUUCCAUUUAAGAUUGGUGGCAAAUUUAAAGUACCUAAUAAGGUUUCAAUUCCCAAAGAACUGCUAGCUCGAAGAAAAUGCAGUGCUCUAGACGACGAGUAUUUUUUCAAUACAGAGGAAGGUGUGAUCCAUUGGGCAAAAGCACAGCAGCGGAUGAAAGAGAGUAAAGAGCAAGUCAUGCGUGAGAGGGCAGCGGCGGCAGCAGCGGCAGCAUUGAAUAAGCAGUGUCUGGCUGAGGCAGAGAUGAAGAACCAGCAAAUGUUGAUGCCUGUUGCAUCAGAGGAUGUCUAUGCAAACAUCCCCAAUAUGGCCGACAAAAUGCUCACUCCAACACCAAUCUCUCAGCACCAGGUUACCGUCACUUCUAACUGCACAGUUGGCACGGACACCAAUACCAACAUGUCACAGUUCGAUGUCUCUCAGUUUGAGCGUGAGGAUGACCCUUUUGAACAUGUUGAACGACAGGUCAUCAAUGAAUUUGAAGAACUGAAUCAAGUUUUCCAGAAGUCUGCAGAGAACUCUGAAUCCCCUGAAGGGAACUAUGAGAAUGUGGUUGUGGUGAGCAAGCACCCACCUGACGCAGCUGCUCCACCACCUCUACCUCCACCCCCAUUGCCUCCACCUCCAGGUUCAGCAGCAGCUGCAGCUGCUGCUGCUGCGGCAGCUUCAGCAUCAGCUGAGCACGAAUCACCCCGACAUGUACCUCUUGGCUCACAAGCAGCACCCACUGAAAAUUCCACGGCUGCUGCCGAGCCGGAGACAACCCAUGUUGAAAUUAGUGGCAACGGACCAGACGAGAACUCAGAAGCCGAAUUUGAUGAUGAGAAUGCUAUCUAUGGAAAUUUACCAUGCCGUAAAAAAUCGACAACCGGUUCUCCCAAAAGGAAGGACAGUAAUAAUUACGUGAUGGUGUCGUAUGCUAAUGGGCGGUUGGUGCGUGAUGCAAGCAAAAGGCAAGCCAUUGCUGCGGCUAGACAAUCGUCUCUUGACGAGGAAUUAAAAAGUAAAAUUGUGAUGUCCAAUUCAUUAAAUCAAAAGACUUGUACAGUGCCCACCUCUGUUGUGUCUGGAAACAGUGAGGAGAGUAUGGGCCCAAGUCCAGAUGCAACAACUAUGCUAAAUGAAGGUAUUUAUGAAAACAUGCCUGUUUCUUCUCCAGAUAAAAACAAUUAUGAAAACUGUUUUCUAGCACAGAGGUCAAGGCAUUCUGUGGCAUUUGAUGGGGACUCACCUGUCUGUCCACCGGCCAUCCCUCCUAGAACUGACCUGGCCAAACUACGAGGCACACACAGUACGCCCAAUAUUCACCAAGCCUCUUCAGGCAAGGACGCUAAGUCCGUGUCGCCUUUUAAGUCCCCUCCUUCACCAAUGCCAAGAAAACAGUCGUGGAGCCGACACCCACCAGUUCCACCUAUUCGGAGUCGGCACAAUGGUCAGGUUUCACAGAGCUCAGUGGAGACGAGCUGCAGUGAUGACAGCCCCACAGACUGUAACCAGGUGAAUGAUCCAUUCCCCACCAUGUCACAGGAAGCCCAGAACUUUGUGCAGCAAUACCUCUCCAUGGGAUUCCCUCGAGCCCGUGUGGCUAGAGCCGUGGAAAAGCUAGGACUGGAUGACAAAGAAGUGAUUGAUCAUCUUUGUAUGGUGGAUAAAUUGGGAGAAGAAGGUCAUGACCCACAAUUGGUGGAAGAUGCUCUACAUUUGUUUGACAAUGACAUUCAAAAGGCUGAAUGUUACAUUCAUCUUCACCAACAAUUUGUGGAACUUGGCUUCCAGAGAUCGAAGAUCCAAGAAGCCCUUGUGACCUCCAAGCUGGACAGUGACAAAGCCUUAGAUCUAUUGACCACUUAA